UCCAAAGUAAGUCACGAUCCAAUAAUAUUUAGCAACAUUUGAAAUGCUUUAUUCAAUGUUCCGAAUUUUCAAUAUUUCUGUGCAACUGUUUUUUCCCUUCUUCUCGCGGGUUAUCCAGAUUUUCGUGAAUCGCAAAUGUUUGAAUAUUUGUUCUACUAAGUAGUAGCGGCAGAGAUGAGUUGGGAGAUUCCGAAUGAGCCAAUUUUCAUGCCCAAGUUUUAUUUCAGUCAUCUAUGUAAUUUUUUUUUGGAAUAUCAUAUAACUCCGCCAGACGUCGCCGAUUGAACUACCAGUCUGUUGCGUACUGUGCUCGACUGCGAAGGUAAAGUUUAUAGUUAGCAUUCUUAGUGCAUAAAUAAUGUUAAAACAAAGAGAUCGUGAAGCACAGUUACAAAGUCUUGAAGAAUUUUCAAAGGCCACAGCUAAUCAAUUAAAUGAUAUCGUUUCCACAUUGGGAUGGAGCAUGAACGAUAUAACCCACGGGAAAAUUACUAUUUGCUGUCCUUUUGAUCCGGCGCAUCGUGUUCCUGAAGAUCGUUUGGAGAAACACUUGGAGUCUUGUCAAUGGACUGCCGAAGGAUAUCAAAAGCAGGAUGUUCCACUGUCAUAUCCGAGUUUACGUCCUUGUGCACCAUCCUCCAUUACCUUUGAUGAAAAACUUCAGGACGAAGUACUUUCAAGAGCCAAGAUAGAGAAUCCAUCGUUAAAUAUAGGUGUGGGAGGCCGGUUAAUACCUCGUACAUCAAACAGGCUGCAAGCAGAUUUUACCAGUGACGAGAGGAAAGCUCUUUAUGACUAUGUGAUUGGUAAUACUAGGAAACCAGAAAUCGGCGAGGAUAUUGCAGACAUAAAUAAACCGAAAGCACAAGAUGGUGAAACAAAGAAGAAUACGUUCCUGGAGUUACUGGCGCAAGAACGCAACUUGAAGCGUCGUCGAGCUAAACACAGAGGCGUUCAUACCAAUAAGAAGUCACACUUGGAGAUCAUGCGUGAAGUAAUUGAACAGCAGAUGGAAAUGUUCAUAGAAUAUUUAACGGAACAGCAGGAUUCUUUAAUUCCUAACAAUGUUGUGCACAGUUCACAUACCAAGAGUGUGAAUCAACUGGCAAAAUUAAAUGGCAACAAUUGGAAUUCGACUGCGACAUCCUCAAAGGAGGUAGAAUCCAAAAGGGAUUAUACAAGAUUGCAGGAGCGCGAUAUCCCAACGGAGCAUCGACGGUCCAGAUAUGAUGAAACGAAAGGCACACAAGAUAGAAUAUCCAGUGACAGGAAUGUCAGAUCCAGGGAUCGUAGGAGUUCAAGUAGAACAAGGAAAGACAGAUCGAAUACAGGAAGCAAGGAUCAUCAUUCUCGAGACAGAGGAUCUCACUUUAGUAAAGAUAAAUAUCACAAAAGGGAGAAUCGUCGUCAUGAGUCGUCGAGAAGCAGACGUCAUUCACGGGAACAUGACAGGGAACGGCAUGGUAAUUCCUCAAAACGUGAGGAACGACAUUCUAGAAAUAAGAAUUUCCCAAUGUAUGGUUGGUAAUUUUAGAAUUACACUCUAAAUAAAUGAAUAUCUUUGUAAAA